UUCCUGAAGUCGUUUUUCAGGACAAUGUUGGCUUGUUGCGUUGCUGGUUGUGGUAAUCUCUAUUCCCCGCGCGGCAGUAUACCGUUUUACAGAAUACCAACCGGGUUUCGUCCGCAUAACCGCCGACGAAGGCGGUUGUGGGUCGAGGCCAUAAAAAAGGCGAACGGCAGCAGCGGCGAGGAGCUGCAGGAUGGGCGCGUGUGCGGCGCGCAUUUCAUCUCAGGACAUGCGACCAUGGACGCUGACAGUCGCGACUUUGUACCUUCUGUGUUUACAUCCACCAAAGAAACGCAAAAACCCAAGAAAAGGGUGAAACGGUUUUAUGGUUCUCGAAAAAGGUGGAGCCAAAGAGGCAAAGCAGAGACUUGUGAUGAAACCCCUGUAGCUGAUUUGCCUGCCGACCUCCCGUCCCCUGUGUUGAUGGAAGUGGAUGCUCUGCAGGAAAUGGAGAAACCCUCAGACCCAUCAGAACUAAAGGAAAGAGAAAUAUUGUGUGAGGAAGCUUUGACAGAAACAGUUCAAUCAGAAACAUCAAGCAUUCAAAAUGUGACACCACCAUCAGCGAAAGCACCGACAAGCAUUCAAAAAAUGAAUCCUUUUGUGCUCCUGAAACCUUUAAUAACACCUGCGGGUGGGUUUCGGUGCGACGUCUGCACCGAGACCUUGGUCGAUGUACCGGCGCUCGUAAAACACAAACGGGUGCAUGAAGAACCAGCACCUUUGGUCUCGGGUGAGACCGACGUAGCCGAGCCCCACACUGUCCCCGCAGACCAGCCUUCCUUCCCCUGCAACAUGUGUGAUCGGUCUUUCACUACAACUCAGAAACUCAAGCGUCACAAACUUCUUCAUCUCAAAGACGGCAGGAAGUGCCCCAAGUGCGGAGUGUUGUUCUGUCGACUCCACAACCACAUUUUAUUCCAGCCACAGCCCGAGGGUACAACUGUGUUUGAGGAGGAUUCCUUCACUGAUGAGGAGCAAAAGCCAGAUAACGAUGAUGAGAGCCAAGAAAAGAAUGUGUCAGAUAAGCUGGAACCAACCCGGAUCGUGGAAACUGUUAAUGAAGCUCAAACAACACAAACUCCCCCAGAAAUUACUGCUGUCAAACUGCCACCUUUACCCCCGAUGCCACCUUUACCCCCCAUCCCAGAGUUAUUACCCAGGGCCCCCCCUCUAACGUCAUACACAAGAGCAUCUUCCCUCGCAUAUGUGAACUUCUCAAAAGACCCAGGUGUCUCUGACGACGAUCUCCCUCAACUGCCACCGUCACUGCAAAUCUUUUCACCUCAGUACCUCACCUCUGCACUGCUGGAGGUCAGAAGAAAUUAUGACUAUAUUUUAAAUAAGACGGAAAGGAUUAAGAUUAACAGUAUUGUGAAGGUGGAACCGGAGGAGCCCGCUUUGACUUCUCCUUGUGGAGAAACCAUCAAGCAAGCCAAAAGGGAGAAAAUUGCCUAUGACCUGGAGGUCAUCCUCUGAUUUUAGCAGUGGUGAUGAUGAUGCACCUCCACUCAUUCCUGUUCUCUAACUGCGAGUUAACACUAAUAUCAAACUGAACUGAUUGCCUACUUUACUAAGACGAGUGCCUUUUAUAAAGUUAAUCACUUUGUCAAACACAUUUGUGUUUUUAAUUAAUCUUACAGCUGAACUAAACUUGUUUUGGUUCACGCCUGUCUGUUGCCUGUUUGAUACGAAGUUUUUGUUAUUCUAGUUCAUGUACAUGCAUCCUGAAAAUCACGAGUUCACACUUCUUAAGGUUGUUUUAUGACACUUGUCUCUAACUUUUCUCAGCACACUAAUAUGCACACUGAUCUAAGUGCCUUCUUUUACCCAGUGAUGACUUGGAUCUGUCACUUGUGUUUGGUUGGUAAUACAGUUACGUAUGUCUAAUGUAUCAGAUGUCUUAAAGCAUAUGUACUGUCCAACAGGCAGAAGGGAGAAUGUUAUCAACCUCAAAUAAGAUGGUGCUGAAUUGCAGCGUAUGUGUUACAUACGCUGCAAUUAGGUGGUGGUGGAGUUUUAUUGUCCUGCCGUAUUUCAUCAUUUAGGUUGUGUGAAGGAUUUUUGUUUUUUAAGCUCAAAAGAAAAAGAUCCCAAAGUGACAGAAAGCAGGAUGACAGAUUGGAAGCUCCAACUGUCAUUUAUAGAUUUUCAGUUAACAUUAAGAGAUGCAUCUGUAUAAACUGUUGUUACACUAAGUAUUUCCAGACUUUUAUCUUUGCCUCAUGCCACGCUUAUAUUAUUUCACUGGGUCUUGCAGGAUAUCAGCCGAGUUUAAAUAAACUGCCAGUCAAAUUAGUAAAUGGAACGUUUACUGUGUCUCGUGGUAAACUAUAUCUCCCAGAGCUUAGGAAAACUAACCCGACUGCAGAGUCAUGGUAGAAUUAACUGUUGGAUUCGAGAGCGAAAGAUGAAAUAAAUGAGUCGUGCCAUGUUUUACAAAUGAGAUAUACUUUGUACCUAACUAAUCCUGAAAUAAAAUGAUGCUGUUU